AUGGAUAGCGUGGCCAUUAAGGAGCAACCCGGCGACGAGCCCGACGAUGUCCUCUUCGAUCGCAUCUACGGCGUGCGCACCAUCCAGCUCAACAGGCCCAAGAAGCUCAACUCCCUCAAUGGCUCCAUGGCGCGUAAAAUAAUACCCAGGCUACAAGAAUGGUCAAACUCGCAACUCGCCAACGUUGUCAUCGUCAAGGGUGCUGGCCGCGCGCUCUGCGCCGGUGGAGAUGUCGCGGCCCUGGCCAAGCUGAACCAGGAAGGCCCCGAAGGCCAGCAGCAGUCGAAAGACUACUUUGCCCUCGAAUACAAGCUCGACCACCUCAUUGCUACCUACACCAAGCCUUUCAUCUCCUUCAUGGACGGAAUCACCAUGGGUGGUGGUGUUGGCCUGAGCGUGCAUGCCCCGUUCAGGAUAGCUACCGAGAACACGAUCUUUGCUAUGCCCGAGACUACCAUUGGCUUCUUCCCGGAUGUCGGCGCUAGUUUCUUCCUCCCGAGGAUGGACGGACAGAUGGGCACGUACUUGGCCCUGACAAGUGAGCAGCUGAGGGGCGUGGAUGCUUUCUACCACGGCAUCGCAACCCAUUUCAUCCACUCCUCGUCUCUCCCCGACCUCGAGGCUCGUCUUGCCGAACUCACCUUCAAGGAUUACGAUUCUCUGCAGGAACGCUACCACGUAAUCAAUGCCACCAUUGAGGAAUACGUCACGGGCUUGCCCGAAUCGAGACCUGCCAUCUCGGGACCACUCCGCAUGGCCAUUGACGAGUGCUUCGGGCCCCACAGGCAGUCUAUCGGCGACAUAAUCGGUGCGCUGAACAUGGUCAAGGAGUCUGGCAACCCGCUGCUGGGCGAAUGGGCUGAGAAGACCAUCAACACGAUGCAGCAGCGUUCGCCGACGUCGGUUCUUGUUGCACUGAAGCAGAUGCGCAUCGGAGAGGAGUGGAGCAUCUCGGAGGCGUUCCAGCGCGAGCACGCCAUUGCGUCCAAGUUCAUGGAGCACCCCGACUUUGUCGAGGGCGUCACGGCGCGCCUGGUGCGCAAGCAAAAGGAGCGCCCCAAUUGGCAACCCGGCGCAUUCGAGGACCUCAGCGUCCCGGACAUUGAGAAGUUCUUCACCAGCACGUCGUCGCUCGAGCUGCUGAACACGGCCUCCGAGGCCAAUUACAAAAAAUACCCGCACGCGUGGAUUGGCCUUCCGCGCGAAGCUGACGUCCUCAAGACCCGCGUUAACCUGGAGAACAACAAGCAAACGGUGCGACACUUCUUGCAGGAGACGAACAACAAGGUGGGCGUGAGGGAGAAGGUUGAGGAGAUUCUCUCGAGGCACUACGCUGCGUAG